AUGAAAAUAGAAAAAAAGAACAUCGGAAUAUAAAGCAACCAGAGGUUGACAAAUAUGUAGAGCAGAUAAAUAAAGCAGAAUGGUGGUGGCUUCAAAAUUUGGUUGAGUGCAGAUACAACAAAGCAGAGAGAAAAGAAAAAGAAAUAUACAUACACACGAAUAUAUAUUAUUAUAUAUAUGUAUGUAUCCAGUAUCUACCUCCGUUUUCAUCCAAUCUCCAGCUCGAGUUUUUCUAUCUGGAGGAAAUUUCCUCUUGGGAUACUUAUUUUUUAACAUAUAUAAGUGAAUUGAAGAUUACCCGAGAGGUAAAUGCGGUUGCUAUAAGCUGCUACUGUUUUUGCUUGAAAGAUUCGAAUUAUCUGAGGAAACAAGGGAGAGGAUGGACUAUGAGAAUUUUGAGGAGGAAAGGAGAUCCAAGAUUGGGGCUUUCAGGAAAAGGGCAAUAAAUGCAUCGAACAAGUUCGCUCAUUCUCUCAAGAAAAGUGGGACAAAGAAGGUCGAUUUUGGAGUCCAUUCCAUUUCCAUUGAGGAUUUUCGAGAUGCAAAGGAAGAGAGUGCUGUCUGUUACCUGCGCAAGAAGCUCCUUGAAAGAGGCCUGCUUCCAGUCAGACAUGAUGAUUAUCAUACUUUGUUGAGAUUUUUGAAAGCGAGGGACUUCAACAUUGAUAAGACCAUCCAGACGUGGGAAGAAAUGCUUGAUUGGAGGAAGCAUUAUGGAUCAGAUACCAUAUUGGAAGAUUUUUAUUUUGAGGAACUGGAAGAAGUCUUGCAAUAUUAUCCUCAAGGAUAUCAUGGAGUUGAUAGAGAAGGCAGACCUGUUUAUAUUGAAAGACUUGGAAAAGCUCACCCAAGUAAACUUAUGCGCAUCACUUCUGUCGAGCGUUACUUAAAAUAUCAUGUUCAGGAAUUUGAGAAAGCUCUACAUGAGAAGUUUCCGGCCUGUUCCAUUGCUGCAAAGAGAAGAAUAUGUUCAACCACGACAAUUUUGGAUGUACAGGGACUGGGUGUUAAAAAUUUCACUAAGACUGCUGCUAGUCUAUUGGCUUCCUUGGCUAAGAUUGAUAAUAGUUACUAUCCAGAGACACUCCAUUGCAUGUAUAUUGUUAAUGCUGGACCUGGAUUCAAGAGAGUGCUUUGGCCUGCCGCACAGAAGUUCUUGGAUGCAAAAACUAUUUCUAAAAUACAUGUUUUGGAUUCCAAGUCUUUAGUGAAGCUAUUGGAAGCUAUUGAUCCAUGGUUUGUUUCUCUUCUCUACUUCAUCAACUACCUGACUUUUUGGGUGGAUCAUGCACUUGCUCAAUGGAGGGAGGUUGUGUACAGUGCUGAAGCAGCAAUGCAGAUUGCCAGAACUGCCAGUGACUUGUAUAUUGAAAUCCAUCCAUUUAAGGUUGCAAUGGUCGGAAAACAUGGUGAUUCUUCACUUUCAUCAUUGGCAAAUGCUGAUGAUCAUAGCUCCCCAACAAGGCAUAGUAGUAAUUCAAAUAUUUCAGGACUCGCCACAGACCAUGAACCCAGAACAUCAGAUCUAUGUAUCUAUUAUAGUUGUGAUGAAUAUUUUAGUACCGAAUCUAAAUAUGGGGAGGAUGAGCUGAGUGGGGAGGACGAAUCUCUAGGUAUGUAUAAUGGAAGAAAAUCUGGUGCUGAUGCAAGACUAAGUAUGAAAGGUACUCUUGUUACAUACUGGUUGAAUGUCAUUGUGAAGAGAAGCUUCCGGUAUAUGUCGAGAACAGUAAAAUCUAUUACGACAAAGCUUAUUGGUUCCAUCCGAAAUGCACCGUUUGAAUAUCGAAUGGGACAGUCAAAUGUGUGUGCACCCAAUAGACUCAGAGACCAUGAACCAAAUACCCGAUCUUGCAUAAAAGUAAGAAAAGCAGUUACUGAAGAGGACAAGUUUCGAUCAUGUGUACAACGUCUAAAGAGGCUAGAAACGAUGCUGGAAGAACUUAACAACAAACCUGCUGAAAUUCCACUUGACAAGGACCAAAUUCUUCAGCAGUCGAUAGAGAGGAUAAAGUCUAUCGAGUUUGACCUUGAGAAGACAAAGAGGGUAUUGCAGGAUACAACGGUGAAGCAGCUUCAGAUUGUCGAGUUACUAGAAAAUAUGCUGGAGUCCAAAUUUCAGGCAAGUCAAACUUAUUUGGCCAGUUGGGUUAUUUUGGAUGAGACGAAGGUUUUUCUGUCGAAGUCUGGGAUUGUUUUAGACUCAGAAACAACAAAAGGUCAAAUGUGUGAUAACAGGAUUAACCUUUAAAUGCAGCUCUAUUUUGAGCAACUUAGAGGUUUUUAUUAGAGGGCAGUUGCAUUAUAUUCCAUCCAUACGAGAUUGCUGUGUUUUCCCAAAAAACUACCGCCUACUGGAUUUCAAAGCUCCAAUUUAGUGGAAACUCGUAUUGUCUGCAGUAAGAGAUUGCCGAGAAAGUAGUUCGUAAAACUAGUUAGUAAGAUCAAUAACAAGACUGCCCAAUUGUUGAUUAAAUUACCCAAGAAGCAUGUUCAUAAUAUGUAUAAAUCUUUGUUGAACUUUUAGUCGCUUGAAUUACAUAAAUGUGAAGAGCUAUAAUAAAACUGAAAUAAGUUGAACGAUAAG